AUGUGUGCGGUCCGGAAUGAGGUGCAGAAAAGGAUGUUCUGGGUUCUUGGAAAUGGUGCUUGCUCCUUUUGGCACAACCAUUGGUGUGGGGACAAACCGAUAGCAGACAUGGUUGGAGGUCAUCACCAUUUUGUUAAAGUGAGUAAUUAUUGGAACAACCGCCAAUGGAAUCACCAUUUGCUUUAUGAUACUCUUCCUACCCACGUUGUUGACAUGAUUGUCGGAGUCCCUCUUGAGUCCUCUACUAAAGAUACUGUCAUCUGGAAAGAUUCCAAUUCUGGCCAAUUUUCGAUCAGCUCUGUUUGGAAUUCCAUUCGUUGUACUGCUCCUAGAAGUCUCCUCUUUAAGAAAAUUUGGAAUCCUUUCCUCACUCCAACUAUGUCGGUCUUCCUUUGGCGUCUCCUUUUAAACAAAAUUCCCCUUGAUGUCUAUCUUCAUAAACUUGGUAUCAGUCUUGCCUCGAAAUGCCAGUGUUGUAAGGGGGUGGAGUCCAUAGAGAAUCUGUUCCUGACCGGGGUGCAAUCAUCUAUGGUUUGGAGGUAUUUUUACACUAUUUUCACCACCUCACCCACAAACACUACUUCUAUUCGUCAACUGCUUCUUUAUUGGAUUCUCUCUUGCUCGAAAUCCCACACCAUGCAUAUCAGAACCAUUUUGCCAAUGCUGAUCCUUUGGUUCAUUUGGGGCGAAAGAAAUGACGCAAAACACAGGGCUACUAAUUUUUCUAGUGACAGGAUUAUUGCGAAAGUUAAAAGCCACAUCAGGACUACACAUUGCUGUGGAAAAUGGAAACAUAGCCACUGGACAGGGGAUACUCUCCUUGCUACUCAGAUGAACCUUCUUCCUCCCCCGAGCUGGAACGGUGCAACAAAUUGUUGUCUGGAAGAAGCCACAGGCUGGGUGGUUUAA